AUGAUCACAAGAGGUGUUAUUAAAAAUAUUAAAACCACAUCAGUUUUAAUUAAUAAUUCAAUUAAAUCAACUCAAUGUAGUUUUUCAUCAAAAGUUAAUUAUGAUGAAAUUUAUAAAAAACAUUUAAAAAUUUCAGAAAAAAAAUUUAAUAAAAAAGAAAUUAUUCAAACAAUUAAAGAUAAUACAUUAUUUUCAUGGAAUCCAACAGAAGCAGCAGCAAAUAAAGCAUUAAUUAUGGAAAAAGGUGAAGGUGUUUAUUUUUAUGAUACAGAUGGUAAGAAAUAUAUUGAUUUCAAUUCACAAGCAAUGUGUUCAAAUCUUGGACAUACAGUACCAGAGGAAGUUAUUAAAGCAAUUGAAGAACAAUUGAGAUCAGCUGCUUAUGCUUAUCCAUGUUCAAUUGUAACACCAAUUAAAGCAAAGUUAUCAAUGUUAUUAGCAGAUUUAUUCCCAGGUGAUAUCAACCAUUUCUACUACACAAGUGGUGGUGCAGAGUCAAAUGAAACCGCAAUGAGAAUGGCACGUCUUUUCACUGGUCGUCAUAAGAUUUUAGCACGUUAUCGUUCCUACCAUGGCGCAACAUUGGGUGCAAUGACAUUAACAGGCGAUCCACGUCGUUGGAAUAGCGAGCCUGGUGCAAGUGGUGUUGUCCACUUUAUGGAUCCAUAUCCAUACAGUUUUAAAUGGGGUGAAACUGAAGAGCAAAUCACAGAAAUCUCACUUAAAUAUCUUCGUGAAACCAUAUCCUAUGAGGGUGCCAAAAAUAUCGCUGCAAUUUUCAUUGAGCCUGUAACCGGCACCAAUGGUAUUCUCAAGCCACCAAAAGGCUAUCUCGAAGGUAUUCGUAAGAUUUGCGACGAAACUGGCAUUCUCAUGGUUUGCGAUGAAGUUAUGAAUGGAUUCGGUAGAACUGGUGAAAUGUUUGGUUUUAUGAAUAGCCAAGAAGAGGUAAUUCCAGAUAUCGUCACAAUGGCAAAAGGUAUCAAUGGUGCCUACCUCCCAUUGGGUGCUGUUGGCUGUCGUGAUCGUAUUGCUGACCACUUUAAAGUCAACCCAAUUGGCAUUGGCUCAACUUACAAUAGUCAUCCAGUCACAUUAGCAUCAGCAUAUGCCGCAUUACAAUAUUUCUUAAAGAAUCGUGUAUUGGAUAAUGUUAAAACUUUAGAACCAGUAAUGAAAAAACAUAUGGAACAAUUGAAACAACGUCAUCCAACAGUCAAAGGUUACCGUUCAUUAGGUUUAUUCGGUAUCGUUGAACUUCAAAAGAAUUCAAAUGGUGACCCAUUCAUCGAAUACAAUGGUCCACCACACCCAGCCAUGACUAAACUAUCCUCAGAUUUCGUUGAAAAUGGUUUAUACACACUUUGCCGUUGGUCAUCCUUCUUUACAAAUCCACCAUUAACAAUUAAUGAAAAAGAAUUAAAAGAAGGUUUUGAAAUUUUAGAUAAAUCUUUAACAAAUUUAGAUAAACAUUUUGAAAAAUAA